AUAGUGGACUACUUGGGGCCCAAAAUCCGAAUACUAGUCACACAUCAAAUCCAAUUCAUACGAAAGGCUACGAAAAUCCUUGUGUUAGACGACGGAAAGUGUUUAGCUUUGGGAACGUUUGACGAACUGUUGGCCAAAGGGUUGGACUUUAUGGCACUCAUCGACGGCACUGACAACGACAAUAAUAACGGCGGCGACAAUGAGAGGGAAGGGGUUGUGGGGGUCGUUGGGGGCGGGGAGGGUGUGAUGGGUAUGUUUGAGGGUCAGAUGUCUGCCGGUAACGCUCCGGACGUAGUGUCGCCACGUUUUGGUAGUAUUUCGAGGGCGAGUUUGAACGUCCCCACGGGAAAUACCAGUUCAGUCCGAAGGGGUUCAACUCUAGCUAGACGUCGGGCCAGCUCUAUACGGCCAAGAAAAUCUAUGGUUGAGUUGGAGGCGCCGCACAUAGAGGAGGAACUGCAGACUCAGGGCUCGAUCGGUGGUCGGGUGUACUGGUUGUACGUGAAGGCCGGGUGCGGCCUAUUUAUGGGAACCGUUACAUUAGUGUUCACUUUUCUAUCCCAAGCCUUGUUUCAUGCGUCAGACAUAUGGCUACUCGUGUGGGCCUCGCUGUCUGAGACGGGACAGUUUACUACCGAGAAAAAUCAGUUAUACGUGAUUAUAUACGCGGUGCUAAUCGCGGCCCUACUGUUGGCUACAAUAGUACGUGUGUUGACGUGGUAUCGCAUUUGUCUGAAAGCGGCCAAAACUUUACACAACCGGGUGUUUACUACACUAUUCCGGGCGCCUAUGGCUGUGUUUGAUAGCAACCCUAUUGGCAGAAUUAUGAAUAGAUUUUCUAAAGAUGUGAGCGCUAUCGACGAGGUGCUGCCCAAUGUGUUGUACGAAGUGAACUUGGGAGUGUCACUAAUAGUGUUUACAAUAAUAGUGGCCGCCUUGGUCAAUUAUUAUCUGGUAAUACCCGGCGUUAUUGUAUUAAUACUAUCUGUAUUUGUACGCAAUAUUUACAUUAAAACCGCGCGUGAUAUUAAACGUAUGGAGGGUUUAACCCGCAGUCCUGUGUUAUCGCACGUGAGCGCAACGUUACGGGGUUUGGCGAGUAUUAGGGCGUACGGCGCGCAACAGGCCUUUCGAAACCAAUUUUACAAAUACCAAGAUGAUCACUCGGCCACCUGGUUCAUUUAUUUGGCAGCAGCUAGAACGCUGGGCAUUACCAUUGAUUGGUUGUGUGUUAUUUAUUUUAUUGUUGUAGCAGUUGUGAUCAUCGCGCUUAAUUAUGGUGGCGUCACAACGAGUGCAUUUGCUGAUAUACAAGCAGUGUUAAUGCUAAUCAAUUACACGCAAUACGGUGUGAGACAGUCGGCCGAAAUGGAGUCUCACAUGACUUCAGUCGAGCGCAUCAUUGAGUACACAAAACUACCUCAAGAGGCGGACCUACUGUCCACUCAACACAACACACCCGACCCUCAGUGGCCACAGACCGGGGGUAUAGUCUUAGACCACAUGUCGCUCAUCUACGACAGCGCACCCGACAAACCGGUGCUCAAAGACAUCACGUGUGAGAUAAGGGGCGGCGAAAAGAUCGGUAUCGUUGGCCGCACGGGUGCGGGCAAGUCGUCCGUCAUAUCGGCGCUGUUCCGUAUGGUUGAGCCCACGGGUCGUAUAGUCAUCGAUGGUGUCGACACCAAACGCAUCGGUUUGCAUGACUUGCGUCGGGCGCUGGCAAUCAUACCGCAGGAACCGGUAGUGUUUUCGGGCACAAUUCGUAGUAAUCUAGAUCCUUUUAGCGAACAUUCAGAUACGGACAUCUGGUCAGCGUUGGAGUCGGUGCAGCUCCAAGACGUGGUCAGUGCCAUAACUGGUGGUCUGGACGCCAGUCUCAGCGGCGGUGGCAUAGAGUUUAGCGCCGGUCAGCGCCAGUUGGUGUGCUUAGCCCGGGCUAUACUCCGUCACAAUAGGGUACUAGUGCUCGACGAGGCGACCGCUAAUGUUGACCACCAAACCGAUGCACUCAUACAGCGUAUUAUA